UAUCGGCACUGUCAAACACAUAAUACAGUUGUGUUUACUUUCACAUUUUCUAUAAUUUAUGUAAUUCAGGUCUACCUUAAACAAUUUGAUAUCGAUGUCAUUUUUAUAAAAUAAAAUUCCGAGCAUUGUAAAAAGUGACCAAUUAAUAAAAUAGUUAUGAGUUCCGACGUAACAAAACAGUUUGCUGUUAAUUGGAACAACCAUAUGAACCAUGUUAAGAAGGCUUUUGAUAACUUGUUAGUUAACAGCGAACUAACCGAUGUCAUUUUAUAUGCAGAGGGAAAAAAAGUGGGAGCUCAUAAAAUGUUACUUUCUGCAUGUAGUAAUUAUUUUAGAAGUCUAUUUCGAGAGUUCCCACAAGAGCAUCCUAUAAUUGUUCUAAAAGGAGUUAGUUAUCCAGUGCUAACAGACAUAUUAAAAUUCAUAUAUAAUGGAGAAGUCAGUGUGGAUAGUGAUGUGUUCGAUAAUUUUUUACAAACAGCAGAAUUUUUACAAAUUAGUGGUCUCACAGACGGAGGGAAGAAUACUAAGAAAAUUCAAAAUGGAGAUAAAGAUACUGUAAAGGACGACUCAAAUAUGAAUGACGAAGAACAUGGGUCAUUAGUCGAAAGCAAAACAAAAAAAGAAAAGCGAUCAAAUGUAGAUGCAGAACAAAAUACACAAUCAAAACGCCCCAGAGAAGAAACAGAAUUUAAUUCAAUAAAGUGUGAACCUGGCGUUCUAACAGCAAUUUUUCCAGAGGAACUUUCUGAUACAUUGCAAGAAGCUUCUCAGUUUCCUCCAGAGCUGAUUUUACAAGCUGCAGGAUCCAAUGUUUCUGUAGAUGAUUCAGCUAUGAAAAGUUCCUCGUCAACGGUGCCUAGUGUCUUAUAUGACUGUGAAAUAUGUGGGAAAAGUUACAAACUAAAAGAUUCACUCUCGAAACAUUUAAGUGUCCAUGCCGGUUAUACCACCUGCAUAAUAUGUUCAAAAGUGUUGUCUAGAAAAACUCAUUUGGAUCGCCACAUGAUGCAAACACAUGGAAUUCUCAGUAUAGGUGGCAAGAAUACAGUAACGACAACGGCAGUCAGCAAGCCUUCGUAAUUUUAUAUGUACCUACUUAUUUAUUUAUAUAUUUAUGAAUAUUUUAAAUAUUUUUAUUUAUGUUGGAAUUGACACCUAGUUAUGUUACCAAGUUGUGUAUAUAAAGUAAGGGUAAAGUUGUAGAGCAAACAAAAUGUGUUUUGAUGGAAUCUGACCAAGUUUUACUAUUGAUUUCCUAAAAAAUUACGAAUAAUCAGGCAUUUAAAAGAUGGGUAUGGGCACUAUGGAAAAUAUGCACAUAAUAGAUGUGUUAUUAAACUGAUGGUAUUUGAUGGCAGUUGAGAGUAGAGAGUAUUUGCAAAUGCAUAGCUGGAUUUUCUAUUAAUUACAAAUAUUCAUUAUUGAAUUGAGCUUCGUUCCUAAAGCAGUCCCAAACAGUUCCGACAGUCAGACACAUGCACAGUCCGAUAUAAUGCUUACAUAAGGUUCAAAUUUCAUUGCUUCAAAUCAAUUGUACAUGCGUCCGACAGUUGAAAACUGUUUCUGAUGUAUUAGGAACAAAGUUAUUAAGUUACUUUUUGAAAUCGUAAAAAGUUAAGCAGAGUUUGUAUAUAAAUCUACAAUUUUAUUCAGGUUUUAAUAUAUUUGCCUUUUAAUACAUUUAAAAUAAUUAUUGUUGUACCAAUGUAUACACAAAUGUUUAUUUAUUUCCAUUUCAGAAUAUUUACUAGUAGUUUAGGUAAAAAACCUAAUAUAGGAUCAAAUGAAUAUUUAUUUUCUAAGAA